GUAGCGCAGAGUGGUCGUGUGUUGUGCGUCAUAUUCCAUCGCUCUCCACACUUUACGAUUUAGUCUUCCCGGCGUACACGUACUUCAAUUUCUACAUAUUGUGGACUCAAUGAACGAAGUGAACAAAAUCUAAUCUAGUGAAGCAAUCGAGCUCAUGUGAUGGAGCAGGGACACCGUUUGAACUUCUCUGAUGUUGGGGUGACAGGAGAGACAGGAGGGAUGCAAGAGGUGACACAGGUUUCGGGUAUCGCCGGAGUGAUGGGGAUCGACGGGUUGGACGCGGGGUCAGAGCUGGACGUGUUCCAUCGGCCAGACGUGCUUGUCAUCACACUGUACGUAGUGGUGCUCGUCGCUUCACUCGGCGCAAACACACUGCUAAUUUUUAUCGUCAUCAAGUUUCAAUACAUGCGGAGCGUGACUAAUAUAUUCCUGGUGAACCUUUCGGUGGCGGAUCUGUUGGUGACUCUGUUCUGUAUGCCAGUGCAGAUUUCCAAGUCUGUGACGCUACUUUGGCCUUUCGGAGAGAUUAUGUGCAAGACUGUAAACUUUCUGCAAGGCGUGGCAGUUUCAUCUUCGGUCUUCACGAUAACAGCGAUGUCUGUGGACCGGUAUUUGGCGGUGACGCAAUCUGUUCGUGCGGCUUGGCUACCGUCACGUCGAGGCGCGUGCGCAUUGCUGGUGGCGCUGUGGAUGGUUUCGCUAGCUAUAUUUGCGCCAUUGCUCGCCGUUGCUGCCGUACAACGUGAGACCGUGCCAGUGUUUCUCACCACACGCAACGCAUCGUACUGGGUCGAACGCAACGUGGAGUUCUGCACGGAGAAGUGGCCGGCCUCAAUUCGCAAGGAGCUUUACGGCACCUUUAGUUUCGUUCUCGUGUACGCUAUUCCAGGUUGUAUAGUGGUGAUAUCGUACUCUCUAAUGGGCAGGCGCCUCUGCUCAGUUCUUCCUCCGUUUGAUCAGGGCGCCGGCAGUGCCAACAGUCAGCAGCGCAUUCGGCUGGUGCGCGAGCGGAAGCGCGUCGCGUGGAUUUUGCUGCUCCUUGCUGUGCUGUUCGCGAUGUGUUGGCUGCCUUACAACAUCCUGCAGCUGUUACUGGACAUCAACGCCGUGCAGCCGGAUGCAGUCGCGCCACUCAUGCCCUACACCUUAUUAGCAGGUCACGCGAAUUCUGCCAUCAACCCAAUCGUUUACUGCCUGAUGACGCGUAAUUUUCGGCGAUCACUGCGCAAGCUGCUCUGUCACGACCCCGGUAACAUACACUCUAGUACUCACUUCCAUAUGCACGGGUUGCGUCAAAAGUCCAACACGUCUAGCAUGCGUACAGGCACCACGGGAACAUUUCGAAGCAGCACUGCAACAAACCGCCUUCCGCCGGCCGCUGCAGCACUCAACGCUCACUACGCCAGGGUAAAUUGGGCGGCUUCCGUGAAAGAACCGUUGGGGAAAGACCACAAUAAGCCACAUUACUUGUAAACGACUCUUGAGAUGAGAGUACCACAUCCAAUCACAUAAAAGACAAAAUAAAACCACUGUCUGAACGCUUCAACGCGAAAUCGAUGCAGAUUCAUAGUAUAUUGAAUAUUAAAAUAACCCAUUUGAUACA